AUGGAGACCAACAAAGAUACCGCGGCGCUUAAAGCGCAGGCUCAGGCGAAUACCAACGCAGAACAUGCAAUGAGCCUCCGAGACGCUAUCAGGUUGUAUCCAAAGUCAGUUCUCUAUUGUGUGGUUCUUAGCAUGGCCAUCAUCAUGGAAGGGUACCAGGUCGGACUCGUACCAUCCCUCUUCGCCCAGCUAGCUUUCCAACGGAAAUACGGCCGCGCUCGUCCAGACGGUUCCCACCAGCUCGACAAUAGGUAUCAGUCAGCUCUGACCGCUGCUGUGCAAGUGGGUUCAAUCUUUGGCUAUUGGCUCAGCGGUAUCCUCAUCGAAAGGAUUGGCUAUAAGAGGACGAUGCAGGGCUCACUCCUGUCGAUUACGUCCUUUAUCUUCAUCAUCUUUUUCGCACCCUCCAUUAUCAUCCUUGUUGUUGGCGAGGGUCUGCUUGGAAUUCCUUGGGGCAUCAUACAGACGUUGACAACCACCUACGCAGCAGAAGUCAGCCCAGUGGCCCUGAGAGCAUAUGUCACUUCUUACGUCAAUUUGUGUUGGGUAAUCGGUGGAUUCAUCUCAACAGGCGUCUUGCGCGGAACUGUCAGCAGAGCUGAUCAGUGGGCGUACCGCAUUCCAUUUGCGCUGCAAUGGAUAUGGCCUAUUCCCAUCAUCAUUGGCGUCAGCUUCGCCCCUGAAAGUCCUUGGUGGCUUGUUCGCCGGAACAGAGUCGAAGAUGCGCGCAGGGCUCUCUUGAGUCUGACUUCAUCCAAGAACAUAGGCUACGACGUUGAUGCUGUUCUUGCCAUGAUCCGGCACACCAUUAGCCAAGAAGAACAGGUCGAUCGGGGUGCUCGAUACCGCGACUGUCUCCGCGGUAUUGGCCUGCGCCGAACGGAGAUAACUUGUGUCGCCGGAGCCGUUCCCUUCCUUGCAGGAACUGGUUUCGCAGGUCAGGCGAUCUACUUUUUAUCCGUAGCAGGCUUGAGCUCUGAUGCGGCUUACAAUCUCGGACUAGGUCAGAACGCACUUGGUUUCAUUGGUGUCCUCACUUCUUGGGCGCUGAUGAGUCGCUUUGGACGUCGUACGCUCUAUCUCUGGGGCCUAUCGACCACCUGCAUUAUCCUGCUCCUGGUCGGCGUUCUCGGCAGCGUUCCAAGCGGUGACAACAAGGGUCCCACAUGGGCGACAGGCGCUCUGUUGAUGACUUACACGUUCGUGUACAAUGCGUGUCUGGGUCCGGUCGCGUACGCUGUCGUUGGUGAGACACCGUCUUCGAGACAUCGCAACAAGACAGUCGCCAUUGCUCGGAUUUUUCUAAACCUUUUCAACUUUGGUGGCUCCUGGCUGAACCCCGCAAUCAUCAACCCUACCGCCUGGGGCCUUGGCGGCAAAGGUGGCUACAUAUGGUUCGGGGUCGCGUUCGCGACCCUUGUUUGGACCUUUUACAGGCUGCCCGAGAUGAAAGGGCGCACCUAUGGCGAGCUAGAUGAUCUUUUCCAACGCAAGAUUCCGACCAGACAGUUCGCGGACGCCCCCGCACAUGUCGCAGCUGUGGCUGAGAACCUAACCCCGCACGGGUAA